AACAAGCCCUAAUUCCCCCCUUUACUGUCUACAUAGCCAUGAUCAACUCUCUAUAGAAUGCUUUUCUAGUUUCUUUUAGUGGAAAAGCAACUGCUUUUUCUGUUCUAGGUGAGAAUCGUGCUAGAUUUUUUAGGGGUUCUUGAGCUUUUGAAGAAUUCCCUUGAAGAAUUCAAGCUCUUCUUACUUAGUAUUCCGUGGGGUUUGGUUCUUGUGUGCUUAGGUGAGUUGGUUAGGGCUUUUAAUGGUAUCAGGAGACUGAGGUCGAACAUACUACUUUUUGUGCGAGGACAAGUGUAAAGAGAGUGAGAGAAAUUUAAAAUGGUUACGACAGAUGUUGAGCUUCAGCUAGCGCAACAACUCAGGGAAGCAGGGAAGCUGCUCUCCGAUCCUCCGGCUUCCGAUGACGACCUUCUCCAUAUUCUUGAUCAAACAGAGAAACUUCUAUCAAAGGUGGAUCAGUCACCUAAUGCUAUAAUGCUAGCAGCACUCCAUCCAUCAAUGAAGGCAUUGGUUGAGGGAAGUCUCUUAAGACAUUCAAAUGUGGAUGUGAAAAUUGCAGUGGCUGCCUGCCUCAGUGAAAUAACAAGAGUUACAGCGCCUGAUGCCCCGUACAGUGAUGAAGAAAUGAAGGAUGUCUUCCGGUUGAUUGUUUCUUCCUUGGAGAAUUUAUCGGACACCUCCAGCCGGUCUUAUGAAAAGAAGUCCUCAAUUCUCGAAACGCUAUACAAAGUCAGAUCAUGUGUUAUCUUGCUUGAUCUUGAAUGCAAUGUGCUGAUUGUUGAGAUGUUUGAGCACUUCCUAAAAUCAGUAAGAAAUCCUCAGAUGCUCUUUUAUUCAUCAAGUAUUCUAGAUGCUCAUUCUUGGGACCAUCAUCUUGGUAGCAUAUUUACAUGGAUGAUGAAUAUUAUGGUCCUUGUUUUGGAAGAAAGCGAAGACAUUUCAAUUUAUAUGCUCAAACCACUAUUGGCUAGCAUUAAAAACAACACUGAGGGAGUUCUACCGGUAGCACGAAAAUUGGGGGAAGCAGUUCUUCAGAAGUCUGCAGAUAAGCUUAAGCCUUACCUGAUUGAGACAUUGAGAAUUUUGGGUGAUUCAUUAGAUAACUACAGUCAAGUGUUGGCUUCUAUCUGCGAAGGGACGACUGAUGUUGUUGAGCAUAAUGAUGAGAAUGCUUCAGUGCAGCGGCUGACUAGUGAUAAUAAAUUGGCGAAGGUAUCUUCCAACGAGGCACCACAGGCUGAUGAGAGCAAGCUUACAACAGCAUCAUCAGACAAUGCAGCUCAGGCGGUUAGAGGGAAUGCAGAAGGGACUUUUCUUGGAGAGGCUGAUGCCACCUCCAACAGAUCCUUGAAGUCAGUUACGGGCAAUGGAAUAAUGAUUACUGGAAAUGAAGAAGGUACCGCUGAUAAAGAGUCCUCAAAGAAGUUAGAGGAAGCCAUCAAUCAUCCGGAUUCUAAUCUGACCAGCAAGGUAGACACUGAUGCUUCAGUUACUGAGAAGCUGGCGAUGGUAGGAUCAAAUUCAGCACAAACUUCCAACAGGAGAGGAAAGAAGUCUGAUACCAUAUUGAAAGCAGCCAAACCUUCUGAUUCUUCUCAUGGUCAUGGAAAUGAAGCUGAGAAACUACCUAACAAUCAAAGUAGUAGCAAGGACAUUCGUAGUUCUCCUUGUAGAGAGUCUUCCUUAGGAGCGGUCAUUCCUUCAGAAAUUGAGAAAAAGACCGAUAGUCCAGUUUCUGUUCCAAAACCAAUAGAAAGUUAUGUUGCAAAUGCUCCAUCCCAGAGUAGCAGCCUUCCAGAUGAGAGCCAUGUUAAGAAGGAUGGGUUGUCAAAGAAGCAGGUAUUACCUCAACAAGUGAAAGUGAGCCUUCCAUAUAAGAGGCGUAAGAAAGGUGGCCGGUCGAAGAAAAAGAGUUUGUGUCGAGAUGAUGCAUCUUCAAUGGAUAUUGUUUCGAUGGAACCUGUUUUGGCGAAGGCACCAGAAGGGACGAGUGACUCAGAUAUGAAGUCACCAAAGCGCGGGCGAAAGAAGGCACCGGUUACAAAGGAGGAUAAACAUCCACCUAAGGUUGCCACAUUGGAAGACGCAAAAGCUACUAGUGGUCCAGACAUAGAACUUCUGGAAACAUCAAGUAAGAAAGUGGAUACAGUUGAUUCAGAGUCAACGCCUGUAAAAAGGACUGUAAGAAGGCGGGGUAAGAAAGUGGGUGCCGGAGACUCAGUGGCAAAGAAGAAUAAGUUGUCUGGUAAGAAAAUUGAUGAUGGAGAUUCAGAGGCAAAGAAACCCAAAGAGGCUGGUAAGAGCACGGAUGCUGCGGAUCCAGAGGGUGAACCUUCAAGACCAUCCCUUAUAAAAGAGGAAGGAUGUGAUUCUGAUUCGAAACCACCAAGACAGUCUGCUAAAGAUAGCCGGAAAAGGAAGAUCAUAACUAAGCCUAGUGGGAAUACUGCAAAUAAAGAGGAGGGAAGUGAUUCAGACGACAAACUACUUAAGUUGUCUGCUAAAAAAGGUAACACAAGCGGUCCUGCCUUAGUCAAAUCUUCAUCAAAGAACAAAUCUGGAAAGAAACGUGGACAUGGUAAAUGUGUUGAAGAGAAGGAGCAAGAAAAAUCUUUGUCUGAAGAUGAUGGGAUGGAUGUUACUCUACAGUCUGCACUGAAAACAGCUACAGGGGAAGGCAACUUGGAAGAAGCCCUGACGACUACUGUAAAACGAAAACGCUCCAGUGGUAAAAAAGUAAUCGAGACUAUUAAGUAUGAUGAUAGCCUGGUUGGUCUGAAGGUUAAGGUUUGGUGGCCUGAAGAUAAGACGUUUUAUGACGGUGUCAUCGAAUCCUAUGAUUCUAAAACAUACAAGCAUAAGGUCUUAUAUGAGGACAAUGAAGAAGAAAUAUUAAAUCUUAAAAAGGAGAAAUGGGAAAUUGUGCAAGGUAUUUCUGCACACACAGAGGAGAAAGCUGCUGAAGUUCAAAGUACCGAUGAUCUUGCUGAAACACCCAAGAAGAAGAAAUCAAGAAUAGACUCGGGACCAUCUGCUUCAGAAGAAAAGUUAAAAGUUUCAGCUAAACGAGCUGGUGGGGACUCUCUGUCUAGCAAAUCAAGAGGUCGUGGUCGUCCUGCAAAAUCUGCUGGUAGCUCCAAGGGUGAAGGCAAAGUCGAUAGCAAAGCCAAGGACACCAGCAUCAAGUCUAAGCCUCAGAAAAGUAGUGUUAAAUCCGUCCAGGCAGCCGACUCCAAAGAAGCUGGAAUAUCAGAGGAGGAUGAUGUGGAGACACCCGAAAUCAUUAACAAGAACAAGCAAGGGAAUCGGAAGAUGGUCAACAAAUGCAUGGUCAAAACCCCUCAGACUGGCAAGAAAGUUGAUGCUAAUGACUCCAGCAAGCCAAAAUCUAUGGAAAAGGAGGACGAGGAUGCUGAAGGAACUCCAGAAACUGCGAAGGAAAAGCCAGCUGAGAUAUUGAAGACUGCAACGAAGAGUCAAAGAAAGAGAAAGAAGAGGACUUAAUGGCGGGUGGAUAGAUCUUCCUUUAGCGUAAUAUAUUAGUUUUACUUAUGAUGGUAGAUGUCAUAUGAGUAGGGUAUUGGCUUACUUUUACCAUUUGGUGGUAGGGUAAAGUAUAGCCUGGUUUCUGCUAUAAAAGAAUCGAACUAUGUACUUUCCAGAUUUCUUUUAAAAACUUGUUGAUUUGC